AGCGGGGCCGCUGUUGCUCUGCUUGUGGCUGCUCCUCCGCUGCGGGGCCCAGGCCGAACAGAUGGAGGAGCACCUGAAGCGGGAGCACUCGCUCACCAAGCCCUACCAGGGUGUAGGAUCUUCCAGCUCCUCUUUGUGGGAACUUAUGGGCAACGCCAUGGUGAUGACUCAGUUUGUACGCCUCACUCCGGAUAUUCAGAGCAAGCAGGGUGCUGUCUGGAACAGGGUGCCUUGUUACUUGAGAGACUGGGAGAUGCAAGUGCACUUCAAAAUCCACGGGCAGGGGAAGAAGAACCUGAAUGGAGACGGCUUUGCCAUCUGGUACACAAAGGAGCGAAUGCAGCCAGGGCCUGUCUUCGGGAGCAAGGAUAACUUUCUAGGGCUGGGAGUGUUUGUAGACACCUACCCAAAUGAGGAGAAGCAACAGGAGCGUGUUUUCCCAUACGUCUCCACCAUGGUGAGCAAUGGCUCCCUGGCCUAUGACCACGACAGGGAUGGGAGGCCCACUGAACUAGGCGGGUGCACGGCAAUGGUGCGCAACCUGAACCAUGACACUUUCCUGGUGAUCCGCUAUGUGAAGAGGAGGCUUACCGUCUUGCUUGAUAUCGAUGGGAAGCAUGAAUGGAGAGACUGCAUAGACAUCCCGGGAGUCCACUUGCCACGAGGAUACUACUUCGGAGUCUCUUCCGUCACUGGAGACCUAUCAGAUAAUCACGACGUAAUUUCCUUGAAGUUGUACCAGCUGACGGUUGAGCGGACCCUGGAGGAAGACAAGCGGGACAAAGAGGUCUUCCUCCCUGUGGUGGACAACAUGAAGCUGCCGGGAUUGGAGAGCCCGAUGGAGCCCAUGAGUGGCCUGGCUCUCUUCUUGAUAGUCUUCUUCUCGCUGGUUGCCGUCGUGUUCGCCCUCGUCAUCGGCAUUAUCGUCUACAACAAAUGGCAGACACAGAGCCGGAAGCACUUCUACUGACCGGCCGGCGCCCAGCCCACGUCCUUCUCUCCUUCCUGCCUUCCGAAUAGCCCUCGUCGGCGUGGAUGGACGCAGACGCAGGCACCUUGUCUCCAGGACCCUCGCUGCCAGGGCUCCGGUCCAUCCGGAUCUCAGAACUUUGAAUGGAUUGGCUCUUGGGUGGGCGGCCUCCUUGCCGAGCCCCCACAGGGAAGGCAGGCCACGCCUCUCCUUUCUAUUUUGCCUUCUCCAAGCCGAGCUUUCGACACCGGCAUUUCAACGAAACCUGACGGGUUAUCGCCGUAGCCUCCAUCACCUCGUGCAAAAUGGACUUUCCCGUCUCUGCAGGUAGACCACGGAGACAUUUCUCCAGUCGCCUGGAGUCGGCGGCCUCUGCGGUCCCCUGCGGAGGCUGGCUGGAAGCCGAAGGCUUUGGUUUGGCGGAUGUCAAGAUGGCGGUCUGUGGGGCGGUGAUCAUGAUCUGCCAGCCGUGGCUGUCUGGUCUGAACGCUUUACUGGGGUGCCUUACGUAGCAUCUAGGGAGGAAACCUCUGCCUUGGUGAGGACAACUGAUAACUUGCAGCUGUACGAAAGCAGAGCUGCGACCUUCUGGCCCAGGGCCCAGAUGUUCCUGCUGUGAAUAAACAAAUGUGAAUCCCCUCCCUCCUAAAAAAAAGAAAGAAAAAAGGAAAGAAGCUUCUGUUCUAAUACCGGCCCCCACGCCUCUCUCUCUUGAGACCUUGGGGUGUCCUAAUUGGCUAAGCUGCUCUAUGUUUGAUCGGGGGCGGCCCAGCCACCAGCUUCUCCAGACGAGCUGAAACGUGGCCUCAUUGUGGGGAAAGCCCGUCUGCUGCAUCAGCAGGCGUUCCGAAGAGGCUCCCGUAUCAGCAGUGCUUUGAGCCUUGGCAGAGGAUUGUGGGAAGGAUGGCAGGCGGAUGGCUUUUCUUCUAAGUCAGCUGUGUGCUGGGGAGACCUGGGGGCACCACAGAAGAUCGCUCGAAGCGACGCAGGAGAUACUUCUGCGUGGAGAUCACUCGCUUCCCCUGCCCCCAAAACAGCUUUCCCCACCGCUACUGGUCAUCGCUGGCGUGUUCUAGAGCAGGAGCGGGCACAAAGCAGAUUUCCAGAUACUUUGGACUUCCUGACCACUGGCCAUGCUGGCAGGGGCUUCUGGGAGUUGAAGUCCAAAGCGUCUGGAGCUCUGCCUUGUGCUCAGCUCUGCUCUGGAGUGUGCACGUGGUUCACAGAGGGUAAUGGGGAAGCUGGUGGGCCAGGCCAGUGUGCCUGUGUGCAUGUAGGAUGUGCCCUGCAAUGCACCCAGAAGAAAUGUCCCUGAAGGUCGAAAGGUUUUGGGUAAACUACUGUUCUUAGCAAAAUGCUGCUACCUUCCUUCGUUGCUGUUUACCUUUUUCUUUUUAAGCCGACUCUUCCACUUCCUUUAGAGGGGCCUGGCUUGCUGCCUGCCAGAUGUGUUGGACUGCAACUCCCAUCAUUCCCUGCCAGCAUGCUGGGAGUUAUAGUCCAAAAACCCCAGAUAGCACCAGGUUGGGGGGAAUUGCCUCAGCUGCUCUCUGCCGUGGCCCUGAUCCACCAUCUCUCUGCAGCUCCCGGGGCCCUUCUCUGCCUCCCCAGUGACGGGGCUCUUCGUUACUUACAGGUCAGAUUUCAAUGUCACGUUUUGCCUUUGCUAAGGAUUUCGCCGUGGUUGGCAGAAGUGCCAGCUGUCACUGGGCCUUUUGAACCGGCGAAUUAAGAGGUGACCCUUGAAUGCCUCCCUCUUUGCUGGGGAUGCCAUUACCUGACCUACCUCCAGCCCCAGUGAUACGGAACUGGUUUCAGUUGGUGUGGGAGAGGUUCAGUGCUGCUUUCACAAAUAUUGAGCAACGACUCUCUGUUGCAGUAACCUCUAGCUGCCCUGUGCAACGAGAGAGCCCUGCCCAACUACUGAUCACUGCAACACUCGGCUCGCAGGCUUUACCGUGGCAUCUCUUACUCCCUUUGUUCUUCCAGUGUCAGGGUUGUUGUCGUCGUUGUUUUAAAUGCAUAUUCAUUAACUUUGGUGUCUUUGAACUAGGGCGGUACUGAAUGUUCCGUUCCAAAUGGGCUGGUAAUGCAGUUUUAUAGGGUGGGGAGAGGGGAAAAUAUUUCCCCCAGACCCUUUAAUGGUCCCCUCUGUUCAUUUUCUCCUUCUCAGUUAGGCUUUUUUUUUUUUAAAAAAAAAUAGUAAUUAAUUUUUGAUCUCCUUUCCUAAGUUACCCCAGCAAAUCAACAAUCAUGUAGCGAACAUGAUCAUGUCGAGUUUCUAGUUGGCCACGUGACAAUGUUGGUGGGAGCAAGCAAAGCCAGUUGCGAGGGAGGGCUGUGUUUCUUAGGCUGGUCACAUGGCUGACCCUGGCCAGCCAGCCUGCUUUCCUUCCGCAUAGGCUGCGGCCUCCCAUUCAGCUGGUUCACUGAGGAAAGAACCGCUCAAGAGGGCAGGACUGGCGUUUCAGUGCUGCCAAAAUGUUCACCCCCCCCCAAACCCCCCCCCCCCCCCGUCUUCCCUCUUCUAGCUGAACAAAAGAAGCCGAUGAAUGCAUUGUGCCGCUUGUCCGAUAACAAUUCCCUGCCUCCCUUUUGGGGAAUGCAAGUUGAAGCAAAAACAUGGAAACUUGCAACCUGGCCAGCUGUUGAAAGGUCCUGAAACAGGCAAAACACUCUCUAAAAGAGAGGAUCAAGCCAGUGGGCUGACUUGGAGAUGUUUGCACGUUGCCUCAUCUCAUUAGUUCCCAAACAGCAUCAAGGUUUUGGUGGCCUUUUCUACUUGAGCCAUAAACGUGGGGCUGUGUCUUUAUAUUGCAACUGCCCUCACGCAUUACUGCCAUAAUUGGGAAACUUCCCUGGUUUAAAGGGGGAAGCAUGGGAAGUGUGUGUGUGAUGUCUCCAAGAGGCCUCUCUGGGGUGAGGCCUGCGGUCCAAUGGGUCCAGGGCCCAAGUGCCCAUUUUGUACUGUCUUGCCCCGAAAUCCUGUGUGCUGCCUUCGAUGUAGCAUCCCUCUGAAUGACUUCAGAGGAGAAGAAGCCCAUCGCGUUCACACCCUGCUUGACAGUGUCCCAGACACACCUGCCUGGCUCUUACUGGCCGCAAUGUUGCUGGACUCGAUGGCCCUUUCACCUGAUUUUUAGGGCUGCUCUUAGGUUUGCAUGACCAACAGAAGCAGGGAGAAGAGGGAAACCCCGUGAGGGAUUGGAAAAACAAGCCGAAGGCAGAGGCGGAACCACGGAUAAUCUUGCAAAAUGUUUAUAUAGAAAAGGGUUUCAUGAAGGAUGCCUACGCGUUUUGGACAAAAACGUCCUUCCUCAGGGAGGACUUAUUCAACAAGGUUUUUGCAGUUGUCUGCUCAAUGCCUAUGAUUUCAUUGAGCAGACAGCUGCAAAAACCUUGUUGUGAAUAAGCCCUGAGGAAGGACGUUUUUGUCCGAAACGCGUAGGCAUCCUUCAUGAAACCCUUUUCUAUAUAAACAUUUUGCAAGAUUAUCCGUGGUUCCGCCCCUGCCUUCGGCUUGUUUUUGCAUGACCGACAGGCUCAUGAGUUAUUUCUUGUACACAAACCUUUGAGGAGAAGCAGGGUCCUGAGGCAGUCAAAAAGACUAACACAUUAAUGAUGGCAUAAGCUUUUGUGGUCAAUAUUCAGAAACCAGCCGGAGAAGAUUUCGUUCUCCCAGGACACUUCCUUGUUGACGUUAAGAUGACUGUUCUUGAAUAAUGGCACUCCAGAGGGAGGCUCCGGCCUCAAACCGCUAAAUUGGAACUGAAUUUCUUGAUAACAAUCACUUAUGGCUUGAAUGACGAUCCUGGGAUUUCAUCACACUAAAGUUGUUCAUUGGCUCAGUUCAGACAACACAUUAGUCAACGCAGUGUGAAAACUCCACUCAACGGUUGAGUUUUUAGGGGGUCCUCCCCACACGUGUUCUAACUCCACCGUUGUGUGACUGUGGGCUACCGUGGAGUUGAGUAAAAUCCAUUGUGACGUUUGAUUGACAGUCCCUCUCUCCUCCCCUGGUCCUCCUGAUGGUACCCCAUCAGCCGUUGCUGAAAAAAAAAAACCCCAAUCCAGGCAGCUUUCCUAAAGUGGCACUCUCUCCUUUCAUCGCUCUUGCCAGGGAACUCUGUAUCCAGUGGAAAAGUCAACUCAACGCAAUGGAAAACACACAAUACACAACAUAGUGGUUGUUCAGGAACUCGCUGCACAACGUAGAUAUUCAUUGUGGAGUGUUUUCCCAAAAAACCUCCACUGUGGAGUUCUAAAACCACUGUUGAGAAACAUGCUGUCUGAACUGAGCCAGUAACUUGUCAACACUACAUUGUGUCUGGUCACUGUAAUUAUUCCCCCACCCCCAGUCCCACAUAUAAACGUUAACGUAAUUAUCACUGUAUUUCUUGCACUCCCCCUUCUUCCCCCUGUAUCUGCCAACUCAGGAUGAGUUGCCAACUGUGUCUGAUGAAGUGGGUUCUAGCCCACAAAUGCUUCUGCCAUAAUAACCAUGUUGGUCUUCUUUCAUUGUGGCAACAGGCUCCCGUGGCUGCCUCUCUGGGAAGCCUUUGAGGGUGACAGAGGUUAGGAAUGUGAAGCCUCUGGAGUGCGGAUCUUGGCCCGUGAUAAAACGGAUCCUUCGUGGGAAGACAAAAUGACAUGGGAAAUCUCUAGGCUGGUCUUCCCCAACCAUCUGUCAGGGAUGCUUUAGGGUGGAUUCCUGCAUUGAGCAGGGGGUUGGACUCGAUGGCCUUAGAGGCCCCUUCCAACUCUGCUAGUCUAUGAUACUAUGAGCUUGGUGCCCUCCUGAUGGGUUGCACGCACUGAAACUCCCAUCCUGGCUGGGGUGAUUGGAGUUGUGUUUGUACCCACCAGGAGGGCACCAGACUAGAGAAGGCUGCUCUAGUUGGACCGGGGAAGCUAACUUGUAGGCCAAAACGUCUGGAGGGACCUCGCCGUUGGCUAUGCUGGCUAGAGAUGGUGGGAGUUGUAGGCCAAAAGGUACAGAGAGCCACAAGUUGCCCACGGCUGAGUUAGAAGGGUCGUUCUGGGAGCUGCCCUUUCAAAAAGCUUAAUAUCUUAAAAUCAUCGUAGGUUGGAAUGUUAGUCUUUGGAACUAGGAUAGGGAAUGUGUACAUAUUCCUUAACUAUGAGCGCCUCUUAAAAAAAGAUUGAUCAAAGAUGCUCACCGUGAACUCAACUUGAGGGACCUUCGUGGGGCUCCUCUUUUUGCUCCCUGGUGAUGUGCCUCUUCCUACUUAGGGAGGCAUUUGGUGGUGGUAGCUUGAGGCAACAUCCUCCCACGUUGUCCUGCUUCUGGGCCACCCAGAACAUAGGCAACUUGGGGCCAAAAGUCAACGAAUAGUUGUACUACCAGUUGAGUAGCCUGUCUUCCCUAUUACUUGAAGUGGCCAGUGCUAGUAAUCACAGAAUUGGGGCAGCUAUCACUAGCCUGAUUGGCCACAGACACUGGCUAGGUAGCCCAUUUCCUCCCCAAAUGUCAUUUUGGAGUAGUGACGUGGGACCCAAGAUGUGUAUCCUGCCAUAAAUCCUCAAUCUGUUCCUGCAAUUAAGCUGCAAACUCUUGUAAGCUGUGGAGACAAGCUUUGCUCGCAAAAGAGCCCACAUUUAAUUCCUGAUACUUUUUAGUUUCAAACAAAUCUAACAGCAGGACCAGAAAUACCCACAACUGCUUAAGGCUUUGGAGGGUCACGUCCAGUCAGGUAGGGCAGACAGGGCCAGCGGUCAGACUUGAUACAUUCAAAGAACUCAUGAGUUAUUUCUCAUGGUAUGCAAGUACCAGCUCACCUUUUGGAAUUAACUGCUUUGUUCAAGGAAGCUGCCCCAGCAACUUUUGUAUUUUGGUCGCGGAUGCUGAAGGUCUGCUUCACUUUUGGUCCUGGAGCCUCAGGAGGACCCAGCCCCUUCUGUGCUGUGCAAACCAACCACUGAACUAUCCAGCUGUGAAUGUCGGAGCCCCAGUUGCUGCAGCAUCUAGCUGCUGUGCUCCAGAAGAGGACACUGCCUAGCAUUGGGGUUGUUGGGUUAAUUGCUUCCGUAGGACGAUUUCUCUUGUGGGGGAUGUAGGAGACUUUCUACGUGGGGAAGAAGCAAUGCUAUAGAUGGCCUCUUUCGGAGAAAUUUUCUUUUGUUUGUUUGCUUGAACAUUUGAAAAACCAUGUCUGCAUCUGCCUGUUUUUCUUUGUACAUGUUUCGUGUCUUGAAAUAAACCUACACAAAAGCC